UCCUGUUCCUUCCCCAGUGAAUUGUCAAGUAUGAAGGUAUGGAGGACGAGACUACGGACAUCUCCUCUGAGUCUGUAAUCGCCAUGGUUGGAGAGUAUAUCUUGAAAGGGAAAGUGGGAGAAGGUCCCUUAUCGAUCGUCUGGAAGGCGCAGCACCGACUUACCGGCGAAGAGGUGGCGGUGAAGCAAAUCUAUCUCUCGAAACUGAACAGAAACCUCAAGGGUUGCUUGGACUGCGAGCUCAACUUCUUGUCCAGUGUCAGACACCCCAAUAUUAUUCGCCUUAUAGACGCUUUUCAGGUUGAAGGGUGCAUAUACCUGGUCUUGGAGUUCUGUGCAGGGGGCGAUCUAGCUUCUUUCAUUCGGCAGAAUGGGAGGAUUCAAGAAUCAAUUGUCAGAAGAUUUACGCGGCAGCUUGGAGCUGGUUUGCAAGUCCUGCGAGCCCACCAUGUUAUACAUCGUGACUUGAAACCUGAGAAUAUUCUACUCUCUACCCCGGACAGUGAUGCAGUACUAAAGAUUGCUGAUUUUGGUCUCUCAAGAGUUGUACAUCCAGGUGACUUUGUUGAGACUGUUUGCGGGUCCCCUAUGUACAUGGCUCCAGAAGUUCUGCAAUUUCAAAGAUAUGAUGAGAAGGUUGAUAUGUGGAGCAUUGGUGCAAUUCUUUUUGAGCUUUUGAAUGGGUAUCCACCUUUUCGUGGGAGGAACAAUGUACAGCUGCUACAGAACAUCCAGGAGAGCGCAUGCUUGCCAUUUUCUCAGCUCAUCCUCCCUGGAUUGCACCCAGACUCUAUAGAUAUUUGUACAAGAUUACUUUGUAAAAAUCCAGUGAAUCGUUUGUCCUUUGACGAGUUCUUCUACCACAGAUUCUUGAGAAUGUAAACAAUUCACCGGAGUUGCAAUCCUGCUUUAGUGGAUUUAAAGGAUACUACAAUUUUAAAAUAAAUCAG